AUGUUGGUGUUGAGGAACUUUUCGCAUGGUUACUUACGAGACGUCAACUUGCGGAUCGAGCGUGGUACUAUGACUGCCUUGAUCGGUCCGAGUGGGAGUGGGAAGACGACAUUGUUACGUCACAUGGCUGGAGUAUACAAUUUAGGUCAUUGGGGUCGUGAUAGGUCUCGAGGUACAUGUCGUUGGUCGGUGGAGGUAAAGGGGUAUCGAUUGGUAACAAACCAUUUGCCAGCGGAAUACAGUCGGUUAACGUUGCGUCAGAUGUUGGAGACUCGUGGAUUGUGUGACACGUACGAGUGGUCUCGUUUGUUCGGAGUUGCGGAAAAGCUAGACUCGCGUGCAGACGACCCUCGAUUGAGUACAGGCGAACGUCGAUGCAUUUCUCUCUGCGUUGAACUUUGUGACCUUGAACCAGAUGUCGCCGUUAUGAUUGAUGAAAUAACAAAUGGUCUAGACAGCUUGAUUGUUAGACGUAUUCUGCACGUACUCAAGACUCUAGUACGCGACAAAGGCAUCACUAUAAUUACCAGCAUUCACCAACCUACCAUGGACUGCCUCUGGAUGUACGACCGAGUCGUCUGCAUGAGUCUAGGAACGUGUCUAAUCGAUGGCACCCCCGAAACGGUUUUGAACUACAUACAACAAGGCUCCUCCGCCACACAGUCAAAGUCCAUCGGCUGUCCCAGUGCUACACCGAGUGCUACACCGAGUGCUACACCGAGUGCUACACCGAGUGCUACACCGAGUGCUACACCCAGCGGACUUGCACCCGCAGUUGGUCCUGGUGCAGCUCCAAUAACAGCCUCAGGUGAUGCGAAUCAUCCAGGGGAUGUGAAUCCGCGCACAAGUCAACGCAGGAGCGAAGGGGGUGGGUCUACCGAAGAGCAACAGCCCAUCCUUUUUGGUCGUGAAGGGCAAAACUGUUUCAGAGCCAAGACUGGACUCGAGGACUUUUUCCUUCAAGUUCUGAUUAAUCCUCAAGAGUACAAUGCCAAAAUGAAGACACUUUUUCAGGAACAGGAACCAUCUCCGACGCGCUGUGAGGGCUGGGCUACGAAGCACGUGCCGAGUAAGAUCGACAUGACUUGGUGGGACGCUUUAAAGAUGCAUUUCUGGAUCCGCUUUCGCGCACCUGGACUAGUUUCGUCACUCACCAUCGGUCUUCUCAUAAUACUUUGUCUGAACUUGUUAAUAUACACCAACCAGAACAAGGUGUCAGGACUCAUCCCUUCAUCGCCGGUUAGCGAACUGUACCUUCAGCUAGACUCGAGCCUGAGUUCAUCCUCCACCGGUGGAGUUCAAGCUACCGGUGGAGUUCAAGCUACCGGUGGAGUUCAAGCUACCGGUGGAGUUCAAGCUACCGGUGGAGUUCAAGCUACCGGUGGAGUUCAAGCCACCGGUGGAGUUGAUGAAAACUAUGUGCAGCACAAUGUAGAGUCCGUGGACGACCAGCUAGAGGGCUUCCAAAAGUUUAACGGAACUGUAGAUGAUCCUACGACUAACAGUUUCCUUACGGGGUUUUCACGCAGUUUAUGGAGCACGCUGCUUUAUGGCUCUGUUGAGUACAACAAGACCAGUGGCGCCAGUGUUGGGUACCAGCUAACGAACCCUUUAUUGACAGAGUUAGUUAAUUAUGAUAUCAAUCGAGUCAUGGGACUAACCCGUGUGUUGGCAGGAGCUCUAGAAGUACUGGACUGUUUGUACGAGUCCUUGGAUAUAGACACCAUUUACCUGAAUCCUAUGGCAGACUACGAUUAUUAUGACGCCAGUUUCUUUGACGAAGACGGCAGUUAUCUUUUAUACGGAAUCGAGACUGCACAUAGGACUUUAUUACUUCUUGACUAUUUGACAAUACAAAAUUGGCAACUUUGGAAAGAUGCUCAGAGCUGCUUUCUAGAGGGAGAUGAAUCCAACACUUUGGGAAUGUAUACAUGCACCAUAGGCGCGGCCAAGCCCUUAUUGGCACCCCUUGUCGAGUGUCUUGGCUGGCCGGCCAUACCACUUUCAAUGGGACAAGCCAAUACCACGGCACCCAGUACCGCUGGACUCAGUACUACUGGACUCAGCAGCAGCGAGCCCGGUACUACGGAAGUGCCCAGCGGCAUGGGGGAGCUGUUACAGAAACUACUCCGCGACCCUUUAGUCUUAUUCCAAAGUAACUCUGCUCAAGACAGUAACUCUGCUCAAGACAGUAACUCUGCUCAAGACAGUAACUCUGCUCAAGACAGUAACUCUGCUCAAGACAGUAACUCUGCUCAAGACAAUAACUCUGCUCAAGGGGGGAGUCUCUCGUCGGCGAUAACGGACACUGAAAGGUAUAUAUUGGCGGUGCUUAAGGAACAGGGGUCGGACCUGUUUGUUAAAGAGAAGAUGCCGUCGUUGGCGGCCAGGUUGAAAGAGGUUUGGGAACUGGCUUCCUGUGAUGUGGAUCGGUGGGAUUCGAUCCGUGAUGUGCGCGCACAGGAGCGGCGGCAGGUGGAUGGCCAGUUGCGGCGAAGGUCUGGAAAGGAGACUCACGACGAAGAUUGUCCGAGCGUGAUUAAUACGGGCCAGGUGCGAUUACCGUAUAAUCUGGAGGAGCGUCCGGUAUCGAACAAUGCUUGGUCGCAGUUACAGGACACAUUUACCUUUAAUGAUCUACCAUUAAUCACUUUGAUUGGUCGCAUCAUAUCUCCACGGAUGACGGACAAAGUAAUAGACUUGUUAUAUACUCAGCGGCUGCAAAAACUGUUAUCAACAAUUACCAGACACCUGGAUGCUUACUGUAAUUUCUCAGCAUGUCAGAUAGUACCAGUAAUAAUUCCAACAAUGAUUUCAAUGGUUCGGGACAUACUACGAAUGUUGUGGGUUGACUUGAGCAAUGUUGCCUGUCUAUUUGUGUUGACAGCAGUGAUUGGUUGCACGGGGGUGGAGUCGGCUGUAUAUUUUGCGAAUGUGCGCGAGGUAUCGAACCAUUUCCACUCGCGUUCGAAGCAUUACUGGUGUCGUUCGUUAAUUGACACCCUCUUUUAUUUGGGUCCAAGUUUCGUGCUGGGACUGGCGCUCGUUGCCUGUCUGAAGGUGCACUCCAGUAGCACUUGGACCACCAUCGGAAUUAGCGGCGUGAUUGCAGUCUUUGGCUGCGCUAGUUCCCACGCGCUCGCCUCCGCCAUUAGUGGGCUCUUCCGAAGUAAAGCCGUUAGUCUCCUCCUCGGGGUCUUCGUACUCUCCCUCCUCCUACUUAUCAGCGGCUUCAUACUACGAACACAACACACCAACUCUUUCCUCCAAGUCGUCUCCUACACAUCCAUGUUCCGAUUCACCUACAUGGGCCUCGUUCAAUGCUUAUAUGAACAUGCUGCCGGCCGCGUAGGAAUCCUUGACAACAACUUCACAAUGCUACUUAUCGGAGGCUUCCACAAAGACAGCGAACUCUCACCCGGCUGGUGCAUCGCCGUACUAGCCGCUCAGACACUCAUCUAUCGACUCAUCGCCUGGUUCCUCUUCACCAAACAUCAAAAGGAUGCCACUCUCCUCUCCGAGGCCAAGGUACACUGA